AUGUUCAUGCAUUUAAAAGGCUUCUAUUGCGUUUUUGUUCUAUUGACCCACAUGAGAUCUUACUGUUGCUGGUCAGUGAAUAAUUUCCUGAUGACUGGACCCAAGGCCUACCUCAUCUACUCCAGCAGCGUGGCAGCAGGGGCCCAGAAUGGGAUCGAGGAAUGCAAGUACCAGUUUGCCUGGGAUCGCUGGAACUGCCCUGAGAGAGCCCUGCAGUUGUCCACGCACAGCAGCCUACGCAGCGCCAAUCGGGAGACGGCGUUUGUCCAUGCCAUCAGCUCUGCGGGGGUCAUGUACACACUUACCAGGAACUGCAGUUUGGGCGACUUCGACAACUGUGGCUGUGACGACACCCGGAAUGGACAACGAGGUGGUCAUGGGUGGCUAUGGGGAGGGUGCAGUGACAACGUUGGCUUUGGCGAGGCCAUUUCCAAACAGUUUGUGGACGCGUUGGAGACCGGACAGGACGCGCGAGCCGCCAUGAACCUCCACAACAAUGAGGCCGGUCGCAAGGCGGUCAAGGGCACCAUGCAGCGCACCUGCAAGUGCCACGGGGUGUCGGGCAGCUGCACCACUCAAACCUGCUGGCUGCAGUUGCCCGAGUUCCGGGAGGUGGGGAACUACCUGAAGGACAAGUACCACCGGGCGCUGAAGGUGGACCUCCUCAAGGGAGCAGGCAACAGCGCCGCCAGCCGCGGGGCCAUCAGCGAGACAUUCAACGCCAUCUCCCGCAAGGAGCUGGUCCACCUGGAGGACUCCCCGGACUACUGCCUUGAGAACCGCACGCUGGGCCUGCCCGGCAUGGAAGGCCGCGAGUGCGUGCGCAAGGGCAAGAACCUGACCAAGUGGGAGAAGAGGAGCUGUCGGAGGCUGUGCGGGGACUGCGGCCUGGCGGUGGAGGAGCGCAGGGCAGAGCUUGUGUCCAGUUGUAACUGCAAGUUCCACUGGUGCUGCGCAGUCAAGUGUGAGCAGUGCAGGAAGACGGUGACCAAGUACUUUUGCGUGAGGAAAGGCGUGGCGGCAGCGGCCGUGCAGGUGCAGAGGGCCAGGGGCAACGAGAGCCCCGCCAGCCGCAGGAAGAACCUCCGGAUGAGGAAGAAGCACUAA